AUGGGUUUUCACACGGCAAUUGUAGCAACCACAUUGAAACUGAAAGCCCUCUCCACCUCUCACAGCACCCUAAUGACCCCACUGCUCACUGGCUUGAUCUGCCCUUUUGUGCUCAAGCUCUCUUUCAGCUUCGGCCUUGUUCAUCAAACCUACUCUGACUUGAUCCAUCAGUCGAGGCUCUUCUUCUUCCAGCUCAACGAGAUUGCAGCAGCUGACAAUUUUGAUGAUGAUCUUCAACAGCAGCAGCCAGCUGCUACUAGAUUGCAGCGAGCUCUGAUGCUACUGCAACAGGCUGUGACCCAUCAAAGAAACUCACAGGCGUCGGAAUUGGAUGAGCAGAGCAUCCAUGACCUCGCCAUGGUUGCUCUUUGA